CACGUAGGAACGAAAGCUCAUCUGGCGACAAUCCAGCAUGAACGGCACGCUUAAAUAGCGCUAACGAGUAUAAAAGUCAUGCGACUCGAGGAUGACGUCACCAGUGCGCGCCGCGAAAGUGGGCUUCGGAGGAGUAAGCUGACACUGACUAUAAUUUGGAGAUUUGUCUUUAAAUAAUGUGGACAUUUGAGAGACUCAGGACACUCCUGCUAUUAGAUUCAUGCUCACUGUGGCCCGCUAGAUUGUGAACGAUGACAUCGCUGCUGUUUGCCUAAUGUUUGGCAGUUACUACUGUUUCAACAUUCACUACCCUACUGAACUGGUGUCAGUGCUUGAAUUCCUGCAAAAGUUUGGCAGUGGAGAUAUCAUCAUGUUGGUCAGUUGGGUCUACAUUAGGAUGAGGCUGUGGUUAGCCAGCUUCCUCUUUCUCUCUGUCUAUGGACGAACCUCAGGACCAUAUUUCAUGGUGACAUUUCCUGCUUUAAUAUCAGCUGGCUCUAAUGCCAGAUUUUGUGUGAGUCUUUUAAAGCCUAAUGAGACUCUGCAAAUAAACAUUUAUCUGGUUCACAAGAGUCAGAGCAGAAAUCUUUUACAAGAAACAGUGGAAAAGGACUUUCAUCGUUGCUCCAAUUUUGAGGCUCCACAGGUUGUGAGUGAAUCAGUGCAGGAGAUCAAAGUAAACGUUAAAGGGAAAGGUUUUAUGAUGACAGAGAAAAGAAAAGUGAUGUUUAAACCAUAUGACACACUGACUUUUAUUCAGACUGAUAAACCCAUCUACAGUCCAGGCCAAACAGUGAAUUUCAGAAUUGUCUCUAUGGAUUAUAAAUUAAUCCCAUUUAAACAAAUGUACAGUACAGUGAGUCUUCAGGAUAGUCAUCAGAACAGGAUUGGUCAGUGGACAAAUGUGUCUUCGACAGGUUUGAUACUGCAGCUUUCUCAUGAGCUAAAUGCUGAGGCUCCACAGGGACGAUAUGAGUUGAUUGCUGACACUGGAAAAAGUUUGAUAACGUACAGAUUUAUAGUGGAGAAGUUUGUUUUACCAAAAUUCGAGGUUAUUUUGAACACACCAAAAGAACACAGCGUUGGUGACAAGGAACUAAAGCUAGAAGUCUGUGGAAAGUACAUUUAUGGACAGCCAGUACCUGGUGAAGCUGUGGUGAAGGUGUGUCGCAAUGUACAGCAGAUAAAUAAUGAGGCCAGAUGUACGAGUGAAACGGUGAAAAUGAGUCAAAAUGGCUGUGCACUCCUUAUUUUCAAUGUGUCAAGCCUCAUGAAUACUGAAUUUGAUCAAAGUUUUGAGGAUUAUCUUCACGCUAGUAUUACAUUCACAGAGGAAGGAACAGAUAAUUUCAUAGUGAAAUCUGAAGAGAUAAGACUUUCUUUCCAAAUUGGCCAAGUGGAAAUCCUUGAUUCGCCAAAAUACUUUGAGAGAGAAAAAGUUAUAGAAGGAAAAAUUAAAGUUACUACCUUCAAUGGAACACCAAUUCCUAACAAGAAGGUGUAUCUUUCAGAAGGUCAACGAUGGGCUCCAACAUUACUACUCAAUCUUACUACAGAUAGUAAUGGCUUGGCAAACUUCUCAGUCCCUUCACCUGAACAUCCUAAAACAGAGAUAUUAUUGAGUGCAAGUGUCUAUCCAGAGGAAAAAUACCACCAGUACAAAACACCAUUCUUUUUAACUGCGGAGACAUAUAUACAUCUGCUCCAACCUGCUACACCUUACAGUCCAGUGUUCAGUGAACUGUCAAUAGAGAGCUCAGAAGAACCAUUUAAAUGUGGUUCUGAAAUUCCCAUAACAAUUAACUACUAUAUUGUUGGGGAAACUUCUGAAAGUUACAGUAUUGAUCUUAUAUACAUGUUCUUGUCUAAAGGAGCCAUAGUCCAUCAUGGGCAUGAGACAGUUGAAGUGGAAGAGUCUACAGAUACCAGAAAAGGAAAAAUUUCAUUUAAACUAUCUGUUCUUGCUGAGCUGGCUCCUGUAGUGCAGGCUGUGGUGUACUCUGUCCUGCCUAGUGAGAAUGUCAUUGCGUCUAGCAGGGAAUUCAGUGUGGAGAAAUGUUUUAGAAAUAAGGUUUCACUACAGUUCUCUCCCUCUAAAGCAGUUCCAGGUGAGAAGAACACUCUUGGGGUCUCAGCUCAUCCUGGUUCACUGUGUGGCCUCAGUGCUGUAGAUCAGAGUGUGUUCAUCAAUGAGCCAGGAAAUCGUCUAAAUGCUGACAAGAUAUUUCAUUUGUUGCCAGUGAAAUCAGUAUUAAAUUAUCCCAGUCAAGUUGAAGACGAGCUGAAGUGCUUGCAUGUUAGACCCCAGCGGGAUGUAUGGGUUGAACAUGUCUACAAUACAUUAACGGGAGUGGGGCUGAAGAUGGUAACAAAUUUGGUGGUUAGAGAACCUCAUUGUUUGGUGUACAAAGGCCUGUAUUAUAAACAAUUCCACGGCUUCAGUCCAGAACUCAGACCUGCAGCAUCUAUUGAUUCCAUUACAUUCUUUAGUUACACAGAACUGCAAAUUCGCAAAUUGUUCCCAGAAACUUGGAUAUGGCAGCUUGUUGAAGUGGGGGACUCUGGAUCAGUACAGCUUCCUGUCACUGUUCCUGACACCAUCACCACUUGGGAGACUGAGGCUUUCUGCGUGUCCUCUAUAGGUCUGGGUCUCGCUCCUCCUGUUCAGCUCACAGUGUUUCAGCCCUUCUUCCUGGAGCUCUCGUUGCCUUACUCCAUUAUACGUGGAGAGGUUUUUGAGCUGAAGGCUACUGUCUUCAAUUAUCUUUCCAAAUGCAUUAUGGUUAAAGUGACUCCAGCCCCUUCCUCAGACUACACUCUGGAAAAAUCUUCUGAUGGCGAGUAUUCAACCUGCCUGUGUGCGAAUGGAAGAAAGACCUUCAAAUGGACUAUAAUUCCCUCUGUGCUUGGAGUCAUGAAUGUGACAGUGAGUGCAGAGGCAGAACAAUCCCAGACUGUGUGUGAUAAUGAGAUUGUGAGUGUUCCAGAGAGAGGCCGUAUUGACACAGUUACACGAAGCCUGAUUGUAAAGGCUGAAGGGUCUGAAAAGUCAAAAAGCCAGAGCUGGAUAUUAUGCCCACAAGGCAACAGUGUUUCCGAGGAAUUGGAGCUGACACUUCCUGAGGAUGUUAUAGGGGGAUCAGCACAAGCUUCUGUUUCAGUGCUUGGAGACGUACUUGGUCGUGCAUUAAAGAAUCUGGAUGGACUACUAAGGAUGCCAUAUGGCUGUGGAGAAGACAACAUUGCUCUCCUCGCCCCAAAUAUCUACAUUCUUCAGUAUCUAGAAAACACCAAGCAGCUCACCACAGCUAUCCAUGACAGGGCUACUGGUUUACUUAAAAGUGGAUACCAGAGGCAGCUAAACUAUAGACAUGCAAGUGGUGGAUAUAGCACAUUUGUUAAGGAAAAGGAGAAGACAUGGUUAACUGCUUUUGUCUUAAAGACUUUUGGCAAAGCACAACGUUACAUCUUUAUUGACUCAGAAAGCAUUAACCAAACAAAGCAAUGGCUUAUAAAUAUGCAGGGAUCAGAUGGCUGUUUUAUACAACAGGGAAAUCUGUUCGAUAAUACAAUUAAGGGUGGUGUAAAUGAUGAAGUAACCAUUACUGCCUACAUCACUGCAGCAUUCCUUGAAUUGGGCUUUACAGUGCAAGAUCCUGUGGUAAAUAAAGGGUUACUCUGUCUCAAAUCUUCAAUUGGCAAACUGACAAAUACCUACAGCACUGCAUUGUUGGCCUACACUUUCAGCCUGGCUGGAGAGAAUGAAGUUCGAGAGUGACUGCUGAAAGUGUUGGAUAGUGUUGCUAUUUCAAGAGGUAUGGAGUACAUGGAGAGAACAGAGCAAGCCAGCUGGAGGGGCCUGGAGUGUCUUAUGCUGAGCCUAGAAAGGACAUGCCGCCAUCCCUCUUCAUCUUAGGCCACCAGAAGUGCUGUUGGAGGACUGACAAGGUGCAUACAGAGCUGGGAUGACAGAAAAGGUUGGAGCUGUGGCACCAUUGGAGGAUUAAAAAGUGUAGACGGUCAGGAACUAAUAACCUUCCCUCUGGACAGCCAUCCGGAACUGGGAGAUUGAAGGUGGCUUGCUGGACCCUCCUCUCGAUAUCAAGGCAAAGGACUCAGACCAUGACGGAGGAAGGGAGUAUAUAUAGUAUAUGAGUAUGUGUUCCACAACAGGUUCUUCAUCCUCCUCCACCAAGAUAGAGCAUCUGGCUUGGCAUUCUUUGAUCCCUGGUGAUAGGGUGAAAUUAAAACGUCCAAAUAAAAGACCACAAUGGGCUUGCUGGGAAGUCAGACACUUAGUCGAGCAAAGAUAUUCAAGAUUCUGGUGGUAUGUCCACACUAGGAAGGGUUACCCAGCACCAUCCAACCAGUGCCGCCACUCCUCCAUGGCCAACUUGGUGGCCAAAAGUUCCUGUUCACCUAUAGGAUAUUCCUGCUAUGCCGGACUGAGGCGCCUCGAGAAGAAGGAACAAGGAUGGAGACGGAUUUCUUGGGAGGAUCGUGAACAAACCAAUAAUCCGGUGCACAGGUGGUCGUCUUCACUGGUCUCACUCAACAUCAGAGGACUCCAGGUCUUUGUCAGUGGAAAUCAGCUCCUAUGUGCUGUUAACUGUUCUCACCUCAGGUCAACUCACUGCUGCUGAUUUGGGUUAUGCUAAUAGGAUAGUCAGCUGGCUGGUAAAACAGCACAAUCCCUAUGGAGGCUUUUACUCCACCCAGGACACAGUCGUGGCCCUCCAAGCUCUGGCUCUGUACUCCACUAAGGUGUUCAGCUCAGAAGGCUCUAGCACAGUAACUGUAAAGUCUGCAGCUGGACACAGUCAUAACUUUGAUGUGAACCAGAA